AUGGGGACACUCCAGAGCCAAGAGAACUCUCCAGAAGAGGCGCUGCCCACCGAAUCAAGCGGACCCUGGGCAAUGACCAGGCGGGCGCUGAUGAUUGUCCUGCUUUUGGGCCUGCUCCUUGGUUCUUCCAUGCUUUUGGUCUACAUCUUCCAGAGCUGUUGCCCUCGCCCCUGUGAGACACAGGUGCAUUUGGAUCUCCUGGCCCGUUACCAGGCUUCUGGGGACACCAGUGUGGCUCCCUGCACCGACUUCUUCAGCUUUGCCUGUGGAAAUCCCAAUGGGACCAGGAAUUCUUUUCAGACUCUUGAAGAGGAAAACAAGAGCCGACUUCAGAGGAUACUGGAGUCCCCAGGUUCCCAGCAUCUAGGUUCUGGGGAAGAGAAAGCCUUCCAGUUCUAUAGCUCUUGCAUGGACACACCUGCCAUUGAAGCUGCAGGGGCUGGUCCCCUCAGACAAGUUAUUGAGGAGCUUGGAGGCUGGCGAAUCUCUGGUCAUUGGACUUCCUUAGACUUUAACCGAACUCUGAGACUUCUGAUGAGUCAGUAUGACCACUUCCCAUUCUUCAGAGCCUAUCUGGGACCUCAUCCUGACUCUGCACACACACCAGUCAUCCAGAUAGAACAGCCUGAGUUUGACGUUUUCCUCAAGCAAGAGCAGGAACAGAAGAUCUCCGCCCAGAUCUUUCGAGAAUAUCUGACUUAUCUGAAUCGGCUGGGAACCUUGCUGGGAGGAAAUCCAGACAAGGUGCAAGAACAUGCCUCUAUGUCCAUUGCCAUUGCCUCGCGGCUGUUCCAGUUCCUGAAACCCGUGGAGCCACGUCGGGCACCUGGCGAGCUCUACCACAUGGUCACUAUUGACCAACUGCAGGAAAUGGCCCCUACCAUCGACUGGUUGUCCUGCUUGCAAGCGACAUUCACACCGAUGACCCUGAGCCCCUCCCAACCCCUCAUGGUUCAUGACCUGGAGUAUUUGAAAAACAUGUCACAACUGAUAGAAGAUGAGCUGUCGAAGCACAGGGACUUUCUGCAGAGCCACAUGAUUUGGGGGCUGGUGAGGACCCUUUCUCCAGCCCUAGACAGUAACUUCCAGGAGGCAUACAGAGAGCUCAACCAGAAACUGCAGGAGCUGAGAGUGCAGCCACCCAUGCCAGCCCACCCGCGAUGGAAGACGUGCGUAGAGAAGACAGGAGCCUUCUUCGAGCCCACCCUGGCACCCUUGUUUGUCCGUGAAGCCUUUGGCCCAAGCAUCAGAAGUGCUGCCAUGGAAUUAUUUGGUGGGAUCAAGGAAGCCCUCCUCGCCCGCCUCAAGAGUCUUCCCUGGAUGAAUGAAGAGGCCCGGAAAGAAGCCCAGGACAGGGUUAUCAAACUGCAGGUGGAGAUUGGGGCCCCGGAAUGGGCCCUGAAGCCAGAACUGGCCAGGCGAGAAUACAGCGAUAUACAACUUGGACCUAGCUUCCUGCAGUCUUUCCUGAGUUGUGUCCGAUCCCUCCAAGCUAGAACUGUCCGGAGCUUCUUGCAGCCUUCCCCUCACCACAGAUGGAAGGUGUCCCCCUGGGAGGUCAAUGCUUAUUAUUCAAUAUCUGACCGUGUGGUAGUCUUCCCAGCUGGACUCCUCCAACCCCCUUUCUUCCACCCUGACUACCCCAGAGCUGUGAACUUCGGCGCCGCAGGCAGCAUCAUGGCCCAGAAGCUGUUGCACAGCCUCCACCAGUUCUUACUGCCCGGGGGCUGCCAGGCCUGUGACACCCAUGCCCUACAGGGGACACGCCUGUGCCUGGAGAGCCAUUAUGCUGCCUUCCCAUUACCCAGAGGAACCUCCUUCAAUGGCUCCCACACGUUCCUGGAGGAUGCUGCAGACGUCGGGGGGCUGGCCAUUGCACUGCAGGCAUACAGAAAGAGACUAUUAGGGUGCCAUGGGGACACCACUCUGCCCAACCUGGACCUCAGCCCCCAGCAGCUCUUCUUCCGAAGCUACACCCAGGUGAUGUGUAGGGGGUCUGGCCCCCAGGACUCUCAGGACACCCACAGUCCUCCCACACUUCGAGUCCACGGGCCCCUCAGCAACACUCCAGCCUUUGCCAGACACUUCCAUUGUCCAAAUGGCACCCUCCUGAACCCCUCCAGCCACUGCCAGCUCUGGUAA